UUAGGUCCAUGUCAGCACCUAUUUCCUGUGGAGUUCCCAAAGGUUUAAUUCUUAACCCUCUCUGUUUUGUCAAGUAUGUUCUUCUGUUAAGGUCACAUUUGAGCAACCAGUGCAUCUCUUUUCAUUGUUACCCAGAUGACUGUCAGAUUUACCUCCCUGUUAAGCCCAAAGGCCCAUUCAGCAUCGCCUAACGUGACUAGAUGACAUCAAAGCAUUCAUGGCCACAGAUUUCUGAGCCUUAAUGGUCCUCCACCCCACUAACCUGUUUCACCACGAGCUCUAAUCAAGAGACUUUGUUGUAGUUCCAAAACUAUGGAACAAGUUGCCAUUACAUAUUAGACAGACUUUUUCUUUUGCAGUUUCUUUCUUGAAAACACACUUUGUUUAUGACACAUGGUUUGUUGUAGCAUUUUUUUUAAAUUUUACUACAGUAUUUGUAAUUUGUUUUCUCCUUUUUUUGUUUUCUUUUAUAUCUUACGGUUGUCUUUUUGUUUCUUUGUUUUGUCUUAGUACUGCACAGCACUUUCAUCAAGCUAUAAUAUUGAUGAAAUUGGAUUUGGAUAAUGUUAAGUCAUGUGUUUUCCAAAAUGUAGAGGAGUUCAUAGCAAGGAAAACAAAGUCUGUACCGAGUCCUUGGCUCCGUUUACAAAUAUGCUAAUGAUGAAGUCAGCUAAACUGUGUAGUGAUGUUAUCAUUGGAAAUUUUAUGUUAAAGAGGAGAUUACUUUCUUUCUUUCCUUUUUUUCCUCCCUGCCCGCCUGGUGUGGAAUUUCCUUAGCGACGUGGUAAGGUCAGAACUUAAGCCAAGUGUCUGUCGACCAGGCAUGUGGAGACAAGUAACUCUAACCUGCAGUCGUUUGACUAAAAACCCCCCUUGGGGGGGCUCUCUCAGCCCUGGAGAACAAGUUCAGCCUGUCAGCUCGUGGCACCAGCCACACUCUGAAACGUGAACCGAGUUCGGUCAGAAGAACAGGUGAAAAAGUUCCGCUGGAGCCGUGUGAACCCGACAGACUUCGGUGUGGAUGUGAAAACACAGCGGAGGAAGUGGGAGUGAAAACAUUUUCUCUCAUAGGGUCUACCUGGCAAUGAUUUAAAAAAAAAAAAAAAAAAAAAAAAAGAUUUCCAUAUCAGACCUCCCCAGUGCCUGUCAGUUUUCCAGCAAGCAGGAAUACUUGCCAAAAAACACAAAAACAAGCUGUUCGCUAGCGCUGCCGUUCCCAUGGGAACAGGCCCGCCGAGGGUGCGCCCCGCUCCGACACUCAACUGCACAAAUGACAUGCGAGCUUUUUUUUUUUCUUCCUACCGGCACACUGCAUAAAACCAAGAGGGCAGGAAGAGAGCGACACGGGCUGUCUCGUGGAGAACCGGAGCCUUCGCUAUCAGUAAGCGAUUAGCCGGACCCCGCUUGUAAGAGGUGCCGCGUGGGGGAAAAAAGGGAUCAAGACACCUGAGACGUUGGGCCUGCGGUGCUCACUUCCUCCUGCUAAUAAAGACCACACAUUCCUGGUGGCUAGGGAAGCAGGGGCAGAGUGAGGCUGGGGGGUGGUGGUGGUUGUUGUCAGGGGGUAAAGGAAGGAGAAAAGUACGAAACAAAUACAUGCUAACCCACUUCAGUGAGCCAUUUCUGUUAUGCCGGAAAGUCAGUUUGACAGCGACGCCUUUCAAAGUGGCACAAACACCGUGUAAUUAUCCCACAGUGUACCUGCGAGCGUGUGCCUCAGAACAGGUGUCGGUAAUUGCUGACAGUUUUGCACUUGCGUGUGUUCACCGAGUGCACGGCCGAAAAGUUCGACGUUGGCGACGAUGGUGUGCCACAAGGAGAAAGAGAAAAAACAACAACAUUACAGUAAAGAAUUUGAGGCCCCUCAGAUUUCCCUCCAUUGGUCCCAGAUGACAGAUACCCCUGUCGUCCUAGUUCCUCCAAACUGCCCCGGUAGCCUUUGACCUUGCCCCGGCACCUCUGCCUCUGCGAACUCUGCCCUCGCAUUCCAGCCAAAGAAGCUGAAACCUGAGCAUGCGGUGAGCUCAUCACCAGGGCCGCGGAACCCAGAGUUAAGCGAAACAAAAAAAAAAAAAAAUGGAGAAAAACCUGAGAGAGAAGAAGGGGGUGAGGCAGCCGUCGGGAGUGAGACAGGUCUGGAACUGGUUCUGUGCGCCUGCCUGCCGUGUCCUCCUCGAAGGAGGUCGAGUUACACCAAGGGAAGCAAGGAGCAAGCAGGAAGAAGCGUCUUUGAAUUCUCCCUGCCUUUUUUUGUUUUUGUUAUUUUGUCAGUCUUGUUUCUUCUCCUUCGUGGCCUGACCGACCGAGCGGCUUCCUCUGAACUCACGGCGGCAGGAACCCACCGCACUCCGUCUGGGCUUUCAGGUUCGGGAGACUGGCCGCUCUCUUCCUCGUGGCUGGGAUGUGAGUGUAAACGCCGUGGGGUUGCACUCUCUGUUCUCUCAGCGCCUCUGUUCUCCCUCUGACCCCACCAUGACCAACAAGUGACCGAAAAUGCGUGAGGUCGAGCAGAGGGAAAACAGGGGAGAUCAUUUCUCUGGGCAGAGUGCUGCUGGUUCCAGGUGAAUCCGGCUCUGCUCUGGUGAAACUACGGCAACAACUGAGCCAAAGAUAGCCAGCAGAGAAGCAGGUGACAGGUCGCUGGAUCCAAAGGCCGCCCCCUGCAGGCUCUGCGGUGGUCUGGGACCAGCAGUGUGUGACGGACAGGCAAGCGAAGCCUGUGGCGGCCUUCUCCUGCGAAUCUUCAAAUUGGCCCUGGCUGGGCUCUUUGUGGAGCGGCGAGUGAAGGGUCCCACCAUUGUUUGACGUCUCAGCAUGGAUGGAGUCACCACCGUGAAUGAGGCCGUAGCUCUUCAGCUGAGGACUAGCAUUUACAGGAUUACUGUCUUUGUUCCCAACUAACGGUAAAUUGUUGAUAGACUCUACUUUGGUGGACAUUUUUACAGGGUCUGGGGGUUUUUUUUUCUUGGUGGAUACCAAAAUUGCCCUUUUUUGGGGGGAAUAUAUAUAUUUUUUAUUUUUGGCAUUUCUUUUUUUGGUUUUCCACUAUGGAGUUUCUUUCUGGACCGUGGAAUAAAGAUUGGGCAUCAUUUUUGCAGUUUUGGUUGACUGUCAUCCUUAGCCUUCAAAUGCAGUUCAGCCCAAUUGCUUCUUGCCCCCAAGUGUGCCGUUGUGACAAAGCGUUUAUAUACUGCAACGAACGCAGCCUGACAUCAGUGCCUCUGGGGAUAGGAGAGGGCUACAGCAUCCUCUACCUACAUAACAACCAGAUCAACAAUGCCGGCUUCCCUAUGGAAUUUCACAAUCUAGAAUCCAUAGAAGUUGUUUAUCUGUACGGCAACCAGCUGGAUGAAUUCCCCAUAAAUCUGCCCAAAAACACAAAAGUCCUGCAUCUUCAGGAAAACAACAUCCAAACAAUCUCCAGAGCAGCCUUGGCUCAGCUGAGUAAACUUGAGGAAUUGCACCUUGAUGAUAACUCCAUCUCUACAGUGGGGGUGGAGGAAGGGGCCUUUAGGGAGGCGGAAAGCCUUAAGCUCCUUUUCCUUACCAAGAACCACUUAAGCAGUGUUCCUAUUGGCCUUCCUGAGGACCUGAAGGAGCUGCGGUUGGAUGAGAACCGCAUUGCUGUUAUUGCAGAGGAGGCCUUUCAGAAUGUGACGCGCCUGCAGCGCCUCCUGCUGGACGGGAACCUACUGACCGACGAGGGCAUAGCGCCGGGGACUUUCAGGGACCUGGGCUCUCUCCGAGAACUGGCUCUGGCUAGGAAUUCUCUCACCUUUCCCCCACCCCUCUUACCCAGCCAGUCUCUGGUCAAGCUCAGUCUGCAGGAGAACCUGAUCGACCAGAUCCCUGUGGCGGCCUUUGCCGACCUAAACAGGCUAGAAAGACUGGAUAUUUCCUCCAACCAGCUGCAGACUCUGACACAAGGAGUGUUCGAUGGCCUGUCGAGCCUAAAGCACCUCGUGGUACGCAGCAACCCCUGGCGUUGUGACUGCUCUGUCAAGUGGGUGGUGGUGUGGCUCAAGUCAUUGCCGUCCUCCAUCAACGCCAGGGGGUUUGUGUGUAACAGUCCAGAGAAGGUGCGAGGCAUGACAAUCAGAGAGCUCACGCUGGAUAUUAUUGAGUGCCCUGUUUUCCCUGACCAAACGCCCUGGCCCACUCUCCGCUCCACACCCCCUCCACCCCCCACCACUGCCCCUAUUACAACCAUGAUUUCCACCCUCAUCACCACAUCUAACCCUUACUACUUUGACUCCCCCUCUCCUCCCUUACCUCCCAUCCAUAAUAACCCCCCUGGGCCACUUCCCCCCUAUGAGGAUCCCCUUCAGAUCUCCUUCCAUGUGGUCAACUCCACCAACAUCGAGGUGAGCUGGGCGUCCUAUUUCACCGUCACAGCUUACAAAGUCACUUGGGUCAAAAGUAGCCAAAGGCAAAACGAAGGGAUGCGGGAGAGGACGGUGAGCGGGGAUCGACGCCACCUGAGCCUCACUGACCUCGAGCCGCGUUCGGUGUAUCGCAUCUGCGUUCACGUUUUGGACACCCUCAACUCCUACAGGCCAGGAGAGGAUACUAUCUGCUCCGACGCCAGGACCAAGGCGCCUGCUUCCACUAAGCCUCCCGGACGCGAGCAAGCCCCGCAGGACACCCUGAACUCCACACUGCUCAUGGCUGGGAUUAUAGGCGGAGCGGUCCUCAUCAUCCUGGUGACGCUGCUGGGCUUGUUCUGCUGGCACAUGCACCGGAAGAGCCGGUCGUCCUCGACCAAGUGGAAAUACAACCGUGGGAGGAGAAAAGACGACUACUGCGAGGCGGGAACCAAGAAAGACAACUCCAUCCUGGAGAUGACUGAGACCAGUUUCCAGAUAGUGGCUCUGAACAAUGAGCAGCUGCUCAAGGGAGACUUCCGGAUCCAGCCCAUUUACACGCCCAACGGGGGCAUUGGAUUUAGAGACUGUCACCUCAGCAACAACAGCAUAGCCUACUGCAAGAGCAGCAACGUGCCCAGUACAGAGUUCUGCCAAACGUGAUGCAGUGCUCGGACGGACACGGACCACAAAGAACUGCUUAAAUACACACUGUUGUGUAGAUGACACCUAAAAAAAAUAUACAAAAAUUCUAGUGAAAUAUAACUGUACCAUAUAUAUUUCCAAGAUCUGUCUACAAUGUAAUUUAUACUGUGGAUAAUAAUGUGGGGUUCUCUGCUAUCUUUUUUAUCCUUAGAAAAAAAGAGACACAAGUGGGGUUUUUUUCUUCUUCUUUUUUUUUUUUUUAUAACCAGCAGGGUUUUGAAAGUUGUUUCAAUGGUCAGUACUGUACACAAACAUAGGUUUGUACAAUCACGGCACCCUGGUGUAGCUCCUGACAGACAAAUAUAGCGUCAGCCUCGGAAACGAAAGGGCCGCUCUACAGGGCUGGGAUCCUUUGCUAACCACAGAAACAAAAUAUGACCUUUUCUGGUUAUUAUCCUCACAACUCUAAAAAUAAUUAUUCCCUUCCACCCCAGUCACUCCCCGGUACAACAGAGCAAGGGGAAUCGAAGCACUGCUGAUUAGUGUUGUAAAAUGUAAUGUAAGUGCACUUUCUUAUUGACAGCAGCUGGGCAGGAAGUGAGUAGAGGGGAUGGGAUUGUGGAUAGAAAAUGUCAAACUUGAGUAUUUGUUGAAAUUUUCCCAAAAGUGCCACACGAUAAUAAAAAGCGUCUUUGUUCUGUUGCUUCACAGAGGAGGUGAGAAUAGUCGUGGCACAAACAAAAACUCUAGAAAAGGAUGUGCAGUUUUCAGCUAAAAUUAUUAAUGUGGGCUUAGAAGCAACACAGGAUUGUUGUCUCUCAUGAGGAAACUUGAAGCUCCUUUCUAAUUGUAAUGUGCUCUUAUUCUGUCUUUUUCUUGGCCAAAUCUUUUGGCCACAAGGGGGCAGGUUUUCCUUCAACUGUGUGUGUGUGUGUGUGUGUGUGGGACCAAGUAAUGGUAGAGCGGCCAGAGAGAUCACUUUACCUCCACCGUUCUCCCCAGAGCCUUUUGCCCAGACAGCAUUACUCACGCACAAGCAGCAUAGCCAUGCUCAUCGAGGUACUUAAUGACACGGCAGCGUUUUAAACCAACAGUGUUUUCAGUGUUUGGUGGCUAAAUGAUAUGGAUUUUCAGCUGCAGCAUAAAGAUUCCUCUGAGAUUGUGGAAAGAAAGAAAGGAAGGAAGAGGAGGGGACUGAUGAAUUUGGAGAAGGCUCACACAUAACGCUAAUUAUACACCCACAUAUUUCAUCCUUGUCCAGGCGUUUAUUAGACAUAGUGAUGAAUUAGAAAAUGACUUUGAAAUCACGCCCCGCCCAGGAUCACACCGACACUUCGCCUAGCUCAUCAUUAUUUAUCUCUUUAUCCCCUCCCCACCCUCCCUUUGCGAGGCGCCUUAUUUCAUUUUCGGCUUUGCUGGUCUCAAACGUUACCUGCUCUCUUUAGGGCGAAGGAGGAUUCGCACUCCAUCCAACCCGAUGUACCCUUCAUUUCUAGGCUGCAUAGCUCUUGAUCCCUGCAUGGGCUCAAUUAAAACCCUCUUCCUGCCCUUCGGCUCCGACGCUGCAGCAGCAGCAGCUCUUCAACGUGUGAGAAGUCUCCAUUUCUGCACUUCUUAGGACUCUAUUUGAUCCGACACAAUCUGAUUUUAAGGUGGCCAAGCUUAAAGAAUUCCCACCCACCUCUUUCCUCAUAAUCCUACCAAAUAAGGAAGAAAAAUAUGUCGACCUUGUUUUUCACUCGGCCGCAUGAAGCCCCCUCUAGAUGAAAACUCUUUAACUCUUUGCGAGGCUCCACAGUCGUCCGCGCUCCAGCGUGUUUUAGCCGGUGGGAAACGUUUAGAGCGGAAAAGGUUCCAGAUUUUUUUUUUCUUUUCCAAAAUCUCAAAAUUAGCCGGUUUUGAUUUUAAUUCCAGCCAUGAUUACUUGUUAUAAGUUAUCCCAAACCCUACAGCUAAACAAUGGAUCAACGUAGAAACGGUAAACAGACGCUACGAUAAAACCGCUUGACAAUUAGCAAAUUAUGACUGUUUUUCUAUUUGUUUUGAAACUGAAGUUGAUUUCUUAAGAGUGACGUGUCCAUUUCCAUCAGAAAGGAUUAGAUUUUUAUAAAAACAUCAUGUCAAGUUGUAACACCAGCAGCAUUUACAGUCGAACUUACAGUAGCUACUACGCAGAGUCUAUUGUCAGAACAACAAAUUAAUUGAACGGUUGAACAACAAUUUUCAAGUCGGAAUUCGAAGUUGGUUCCUUUUUUUCUGACAAAUUAUUGGCUUUGACUGCAUCUGAUUUUAUAGUAACACGUUUUGAGAAUACUUGAUCAUGUCUCCUGAUAAUCCAACCAAAAACAAAAAAAAAUGGGAAAAAGAUCUGCAGUGCUAGUUUCCUGUGGGCUGCAUGAAGCUCCCUCUACAAGAUCAACUUAAGUUGUUGGAAACAAAUUUUACAGAGUAGGUGAACAUUUGAAGCAGAAGGAAGAAAAAAAAUAACACGCUUGUUCCAGAUCACGGAGAUAAUCGGGGGAAGUAUUUUUGUUAUUUUUUUGCAAAAUUAGCUUCACUUGUUAGUAAUUCCAGCAGCAGCGGUUUAUUAUGUUUUUAGCAAAUUAUAUUUUGCACAUAUCAAGUUAUUUUCUAUGUCAGCCCGGGUUAAAACCUGACAUUUUAAGAGAACAAAAUAACAGAAAAGGAGGAUCAACUUUGGGGGAAAAAAAACAAACAAAAUAAGUCAGCUGCUUUCAUUAUUUCUUUUAUAGAAAAAUUAAUAAUUGGUGGAAAAAAUUCUUUAUUUUUUGCAUUGUAGCCGUCAAACCCUUUUUCUAACUACCGACUAACUUUUUCCAACGUUUCCACUGGAAAAAGCUGCACAUUGGAAGGGUUUUGUUAAAUUGCGUCACAACUUUAACAGCGUUCCAGUCGCAAACCAUAAACCAGAAGCAUUAGCCAAUUGCUAUGUUGAUUGACCAGACUAUCGUUUCAGCAAUACAAGCCAGUUCGAUUAUAAUUUAUGGCUCCAAACACCAAAGGGAACAUUUUUACAAAGAGAUAUCGCAGAGCAGAUACAGAUGUUGGAGCUGAUGUGAUAAAACACAACCAGUUACUGCAAAUUCAAAUAUAUUCCAAUCUGAGGUGGGAAAACUAGCUCAGCGUAUCACAAAUGUUAGAAACGGGCAAGAGGUUAUAUUUAAAAGAGAAAAUGAUUCUCUCUAGCCGAUUCGUAGAUAAGUCAACAAGCAUGAUUUAUAAUUGGUCUGAGCCAGGUCUUGCUGUCCAGUGUGUGUUUGGAUUUAAACUCACCAACUGGCUGCUUGCCAUUCAAAAAUAAUUUAUCAGUUUGAGAGCGAGGUAUGUUAUUGCGACUUUUCCUUUAAAUAUAACAGUCAGCGGUUCUGUGUGAAACAAAACACCUGAAAUGAAAUGAACGGAGGUGUUCCACUCUAAAAAGAGAAGAAAAAUCAAAAUGGUAAAUUCUUGCUAUUUCAUUUUCCUUUGUAUGACCAGCUGCUUUUUUUUUAAUAAACCCCUACAGAAAAAAAAAGAAAGUAUUUAAUAGAACUUUCUAGAUUGUCUCCAUAUAAGCAUCACAGGAUAUGACCCUCAGCUUAUCUCAUUUUUUAAUUCCCUCUAUCCACAAACAAAAUCUAACAAAGUCGUAUCAAAGCACAUGUUGGUUGUUGCAUUCAUUGGCCAAAAAUUGUGGGAAUUCUUAUGAUUAAUAUGUUAAAAGACUUUUUUUUUUUUUUUAUCGAAUUAUUCUGUGAACUCUUUCGAUACGUUCAGAGUACGUUUGAAAAGUUGUUGUUUUUUUCUUCAGUAAUUCAGUUCACAAAGUGAAACCCAUUAGUUGCACAUAUAAAGCUGUUUUCAAACUUUUAUUUCUCUCAUUUAUGAUGAUUUUCCACUUACAGCCGAUGAAAACAUGGCAUUUAAAGUUGGAAGAUAACGGAGCAGUAAAAAGGACAACAAAAUGUUCAGGUUUCAGUGUUCAUAGUUCAGAAAUGUGGGCUUAGUAAAAAUGUGUUUCAUACCUUAUUUUCAAAAUGUGCUUUUAUUCUGACGAACAAGCGUCUUUUGAUGCAUAUUCUAAUUUACUGGCAUCUAGAGCCACAAAACUGAGUGAUUCUAAUAUCGAAAUAAAUUUGAUUUUAGUAUUAAAAAGAAAAAAAAAAGCUAUUUUCAAAACAUGUCACUGUUGUCAUAAUAUAAUAUCCACUUUUAGCUCACCAAUUACACUAUGAAGAAAAAAAAACCAUCCCUAAUUUAUGGUUAAAUGCAGGUAUUUUACCGUGAAUUACAGAUUUUCUUUUACACUAUAGUAAUGGCUAAUCGAUUGAUGGCUGAAAGUCGCAUGUUUCUGCUACUGCUGCUUUGUGGGCUGGAAAGUGAAAAGUUUGGGAAUCGGUUCUCUGAGCAAAUAUUGUCCAAGUCGGACAGGAUUAGAUGGGUUUAUCAUCAACUUCUGUGGUUACCAAAGCCUCCCCAGUUUUGAUUUCACCGUUUUUCUACUAAUACCUACAUAUCAGCUCGCCCCCGCUCUCAACGUCCAACGGCAGUGACCGGAUUUGUUCUCGGACUGACAGGUUUUUUUCCCCCCAGUUUCUCGUCAUCCGCGUGCCAUUCCUGCCGAACGCUCUCCCACGCAGUGACACGCUACCGUGAACUCUCAUGUUUGCCCUUGGCUUUUUCAAAGACAGAAGCCCCAUUUUGAAGCCACACGCUGGUCAAACAAGUCGGGUCGAAUUCAUUGCCGAGUUGUAUCUGCCCUGUCUGUGAAUGUUUAACGGAGACGGGAUAUGUUUGCCUUACCUUUAUUUUGCUAGCUACAGAGAGCUAACGGGGUGAAAGAGACGUCAACAAGACAAGCUGAAAGGAAAGCACAUUUCUUACAGAGCCCUGAGAGGCAAACAAACUGUUAGCAUCAAGCGCACUAGCUAACCGAAGACGAUUCAUCCAACAUUUUGUGCCAAAAAAAUGAAGCCUGAGCAGGCAGCGGUGGUUGUUUUAUGGUUUGCGUUUUUCUCUUAAGUUUGCUGACAGAAUGUGGCGUCAGUGUCAGGACCAACAGCAUAACAGAAAACCUUUCUGAGGCUCACAGUGUUCCCUUUUUUUUUUCUUUUUUUUUUUCCUGUGAGCGCCGAGAGGCUAACGGGCAUAUUUUGGUCAGAAACCAGAAAUGGAAAAACAACAACAACAAAAAAAAAAAAGAAGAUGAUUGGAUUUUUGUUGUAAAAUACAAAUAAAAUUACGAUACAAUGUUUAACUUUUAUUUUUUGCUAUUUUUGCAGCCCUCAACACAUGAUGGAAAUCCGAAUGUUGCUUUGUAUCAUACAAACAAACUCACAGGCAAACAGAAUAGAAAAAUUCUACCUUUUUUUUUCCCCCACACAGUCCAAGACAGACACAUCUGCAACCAUUUUUAUAUCUCAACAGUCGAGGUUUCUGCUACUUUUGUGCACCUCAAAGGAGUUAUGCUGCUUUUUUUUUUUUUUUUUUUUUUGACCAGAGAUUAAAUACAGCUGAAUAAAAGCAUACGAAAUAAACAACUUUCUAAAAUUUGAAGGCGUCUAGACAAAGAUGAUAGUUUUUGUCACGUUUUAGAGGCUGUGAUGCUGGCGACAGUGAGAUGUAGAGUGUCAGAAUACGAGAAAGCAUUGUUGUUUUGUUUUUGUUUUGUUUUUUUGGGCCUGUGUAUGUUCGGUAAAUGAACGUUCCCAUCAUAAAACAGUAAUGACAAAAAAAAUACAUCGUUUGAUUAUUUUGGUUUUAAAAAUGCAAAAUAUUCAGUUCUUGGGGUCAAAAAUGGAUGAGUAGAAAUUAAAAUUGCUUUAACAAAUGUAUUAGUGCUACAAAUUAAAUAUGAUGGUUGUCCUCUGAGGAAACCAAAUCUACCCUGAGAUAGAAAAUAAAACAAGUGUAAAUUACACACAAAAGCUAUGGUUGAAACCAUCAAAUUUUCAGUGUAAAAAAAAAAAAAAAAAGCAAACAAUUUGUGUUUAUUUUUUUCAUAUUGGUGCUUUUGUCUUAUCAACACCUCAAAGGUGAAUAUCUUUCACCACAAAUAACGAAUGAGUAAAAUCAUACAGAGUGAAAAACUCUCCAGCUUCAAUACGUUCAGAGAGCCACAAUAAUAGAUUAAAAAAAAUAAAAUAAAAACAGCUCUGAAGCAUUUAUUACUGAAACUUCAGAUAUGGAGGCUGUUUUUUUUUUUUUUUGGUUUUUGUUGUUGUUUCCCUUUACCAGUUAAUUUUUAUUAUUUUAUACAUUUAAGAAAUACGUGUUCUUGUCCUUCUUUGACCCGAAAAAGAGUGACUGCUUGCAUUUCAAUUUAAUAUUCUACAUUUAAAAAUGAAAACAAAAACCUUUUUUUGUUUGUUUGUUUUUGGUUUGUCAUUAUUUCCAAAGAGAAAAUCCAAACAUUACGACACAUGUGAACUUCUGUACCAAUUGUUUUUACAUUGUGGGGGGGGGGAGAAAAUCAUUUACAUCAUAUCUUAAUCGCAGAAAGAAAAACAAGCUGUAUUUUAAAUUGAACAUUAAUUAAAACCUCUCAAUAAUUUUGUUUUUAAUUGCCGUUUCUGUGAAAAUUCAACAGCCAAAAUCACGGAGAGACUGUUCACAUUAGAGCAGUUUUUAAUUUUUCUAAUUCAGACAGAAACACACGACUCUGGAUUCAUGUCAUCUUUUCUCCACGCUGAUAAAACCUGUCCUCAAACUAUUAGUCAGUGACAUUCUUUAAUUGUUUUUUUUUUUGUUGCAUGUACUGUAUUUAGCUUCACAGCCUUUCAUUUUGUUCUCACCAGGUUUUGGACUGGACUUUUUUCUUUUUUCUCUCUCCGUCUCUGUUUAAGGAAAUCCCCAGUGGUGGCUGAGCUGCGGUGUGAGCGAGCGUCCGCAGAACGCUUGGUGUGGUUUGGAGGACGCAGGCCGGGAAAAAAAAAAAAACAACUACAUUUUUUAUUUUUUUUUUUUGCAGUGCAUGUAAAAUGGCUACGUUCGGAAUACCGGCUUCUCAUUUAGACGCGGCAGUGUUACAUUAGCCAUCCACACCGAGACACUUUUAGGAACCAAAGUAAAAAUUUGUUGUUUUUUUUUUUUUGUUGUUUUCUUUUUUUUCCUCAUGAUCAAAUAUUGAUGUUGUUCCAUGUAUGUGCCUUGAGGUUGAACUUACAAUGUAAAGUCCUUGAAACCUUUAAAUGUUUUUGCACAAACUGUAAAUACUUAAGUGAAGCUUUUGGAGAAAUAAAAAGAGCCAUUGGAUUUAAACGAA